AUGGACGGUAAAGAAUAUUUGAAAUCAUAUGGUUGGGUCGAAGGUGAAGCAUUACAAAAAGGUGGUCUGAAAAAACCUAUAUUAGUUAAGCAUAAGAAGGAUAAAAAGGGUUUGGGUAAUUUGCAUAAUCAUGAUGACGGUGAAGCAUGGUGGGAAAGGUUAUUUGAUGGACAUUUAAAAAAUUUGGAUAGUGUAGCCAAUGGUGAUAAGAUAGAGUUUAAAAAGAAGAAAAAAGACGUGGUAGCUUCCGGUCUUUCAAAAAAACAAUCGCCUUUAUACCAAUGGUUUGUUAAAGGAGAAGGUUUAAAGGGUACAAAUGGUUUAGAAUCAACAACUCAAGAUGAAAAUAAUGAUAAAAUUACUGUGGUGAUUGUAAAUGAUAAUAACAAAAAAAGAAAAAUGGAAGGAGAUGAUAUAAUAGAACCUAAUACGAGUAAAAAGAAGAUAAAGAGGGAAAAGAAGGACAAGAAAGAAAAGAAAGAAAGGAAGGAAAAGAAGGAAAAGAAGGAAAAGAAAGAAAAGAAGGAAAAGAAGGAAAAGAAAGAAAAGAAAGACAAGAAAGACAAGAAAGAAAAAAAAGACAAGAAAGAAAAGAACGACAAGAAGGAAAAGAAAGAAAAGAAAGAAAAGAAAGAAAAGAAAGACAAGAAAGACAAGAAAGAAAAAAAAGACAAGAAAGAAAAGAACGACAAGAAGGAAAAGAAAGAAAAGAAAGAAAAGAAGCUAGGGCAGACUAAGAGGGAAAGGGAAGAGAAGGUAGAAAAAUAA